AGACGCACGGGAAGGAAACGUGAGAAUUUGAACACGGCGAUUUACCCUUUACUUUAAGGAUACCCGCAGGAUUUUCCAGGUUGGGAAAGGAGGAAGACCCACGCGUGGGGAAAUAUAUACUGCAAAUUCUGAAGAGCUUUGCGCCAUUUAGACUAUCCAACCCAGUGUGGCUGAAGUCAUAGACACUCGGUGGAAGUUCAUCAUCUACAUCCUCUCUUAUUUUUUUGAUUUUUUUUAGGAUGCAUCUCAUGAUUGCUGGUGUGCACCAUUUUGUGUCAUCUUAUAUGUGGAAAUAACGUCCACGUUGCCCUCACCCAGGAGAAAAUUCACGCAUUGGAGGGGGGGGGAAGGGGGUUGCUCACUUUCUUCGGCUAUGGCACUUGUGGGUCUGUCACGGGAAAAGGAUAUAUCCCCGUCAUUUUGAGAUUUAUUCCCCUACAGCCGGACUAAUGGAUGGGUUGCUGGUCGUGAUGAGAGUGGGGGCUAAAUAGCCUCGGAUUGUGCGGGAUCGCCUGAGAAUUGCGGCAUCGUUGUCGAGUGGGAAGACUCAUCAAGAAGGCCAGUGUUUGGUUCGUGGCUUAAAUGAGAAUGACCUGAACCUUUCUGUGCUAUAACUGACUUGGCAGUUGGCCCAAACGAUCAUCUUUCCAAAGAGCAGAAGACCAGCCAGUGAAUUAUGAAUGUUAAACAAGAUGACCUCCUCUCAGCAGCAGCAGAUGAUGCGAGGUCCUAGGUGGAACCGGGCCUUGUCCGACCCUUUGUUUGUACUGCUCCUUGCCCUCCAGCUGUUGGUGGUUGCAGGUCUGGUACGUGCGCAGACUUGCCCCUCUGUCUGCUCCUGUAGUAAUCAGUUCAGCAAAGUCAUCUGCACACGGAGGGGCCUGCGUGAGGUCCCUGAUGGAAUUUCUACCAACACGCGCUACCUAAAUCUGCAAGAAAACCUCAUCCAGGUGAUAAAAGUGGACAGCUUCAAGCACCUAAGACAUUUGGAGAUCUUGCAGCUGAGUAAAAACCACAUACGCAAAAUAGAGCUUGGGGCCUUCAAUGGACUCGCUAGCCUCAAUACCCUGGAGCUUUUUGACAACCGCCUCACCACAAUCCCAAAUGGGGCAUUUGAGUACCUGUCCAAACUAAAGGAGCUAUGGUUAAGGAAUAACCCUGUAGAGAGUAUUCCCUCCUAUGCUUUCAACAGGGUGCCCUCAUUACGGCGGCUGGACCUUGGGGAACUUAAAAGGCUUUCCUACAUAUCUGAGGGAGCCUUUGAAGGGCUGAGCAAUCUUCGCUACUUAAAUCUGGGAAUGUGCAAUCUGAAGGAAAUCCCAAACCUUAUUCCCCUGGUGAAGCUGGAUGAACUGGAGAUGUCAGGAAACCAGCUCUCUAUCAUCCGCCCUGGCUCUUUUAAAGGGCUCGUCCAUCUGCAGAAGCUAUGGAUGAUGCAUGCUCAGAUUCAGACUAUAGAGAGGAACUCGUUUGAUGACCUCCAGUCACUCGUGGAGCUUAAUUUAGCCCACAACAACCUCACCCUCUUGCCGCAUGAUCUCUUUACCCCUUUGCAUCAUCUGGAGAGGGUGCAUUUGCACCACAACCCAUGGAAUUGUAACUGUGACAUUCUCUGGUUGAGCUGGUGGCUUAAAGAGAUGGUCCCAGCAAACACCAGCUGCUGCGCCCGCUGCAGCUCACCGACUAACCACAAGGGGCGCUACAUUGGCGAGCUGGAUCAAAACUACUUUCACUGCUAUGCUCCUGUUAUUGUGGAGCCCCCUGCUGACCUAAAUGUGACAGAGGGGAGCGCUGCCGAGCUGAAAUGUCGAGCCAGCUCUUUGACCUCAGUGAGCUGGAUUACACCCAACGGGUCCAUCAUGACACAUGGUGCGUACAAGGUCAGGAUCUCAGUACUAACUGAUGGCACUCUAAACUUCACCAACGUUACCAUGCAGGACACUGGUACGUACACAUGCAUGGUCAGUAAUUCAGCCGGUAACACAACAGCAUCUGCCACACUCAACGUGUCCUCCACUGAGAAUAGCAGCUUCAGCUACUUCACCACAGUGACGGUAGAGACAAUCGAAACGCCACAUAACGAAGGCUUUACCACCAUCGUACAGCAGAAAGUGGGGCCCACUCCAUCAGCUGGAACAUGGAAGUCUAUUUCCCCCACCUCUACAACCACUACCACAGUCCAGACCCCUCUUUCUACCCGUACCACAGAGAAGACCUACACAAUACCCGUCACUGAAUUUGGUGGGGAAGGCUCACUGAAUGGCUUGGAUGAGGUCAUGAAGACAACCAAGAUUAUUAUCGGCUGCUUUGUCGCAAUCACACUCAUGGCAGCCGUCAUGCUGAUCAUCUUCUACAAGAUGCGCAAACAGCACCACCAGCAGAACCACCACGCGCCUACUCGCACCAUUGAGAUCAUCAACGUGGACGAGGACUGCGUAACCGGUGGACCAGGCAUGGAGAGCCACUUGACUUUGCCUCCUCUUGAACACGAGCACCUCAACCAUUACAACGCAUAUAAAACUGCAUACAACCAUGUCUCCACUAUCAACUCCAUACACAGCUCAGCGCAUGAACCUUUGUUAAUCCGAGCCAGUUCGAAAGACAAUGUACAAGAGACCCAAAUCUGAACAUGUUCCUUUUGUCCCCCUUGUCAUGGAAUCACACAAAGACUUUGCUGACAGUACAUGUUUAACGAUUCGUUUUGAGGAGAUAGCUCAAACACGGACGAACCACUGUGUGUUUGGCAAGUCAGUGGUCGGUGAUGUUUCUUCAAUGACUUUGGUAAUUAGGGUAUGUCUGUUACAAAAAGUGUCUUUACAAAACAAAAAGUUAUUUAUUUAAGAAAAAAAAUAUUGUUGUUAAAUCAAGAAAAAAAAUACAGUAUCCUACAAUUAUUUUUUCAGGAAUAGGUUUGUUUUUCUUGCCUUUUUCUUAUGUAGAUUGACUGAAACGAGUUGUUUAUAUUUAGUAAACUGAAUACUUAGUUUUUUUUCCAGAACAUCUAGAACAGAAUUGACUGGUUUCCUCAGCUGUGGAGUAAGUGAUUAAGUAUUUUACGACUAUUUGGAUAUUGGAUGAAGUACAUAUCGUACGGCAUCAAAACUGUGCCAAAAAAAACUUGAUAAAAACGACACUCUUCGUGCGAUCGCAAGCUCAUUAUGUGUGCGUUCAACAACAACUUUUAACAAUUUGAUGUCAUUAAAGAUAGAUUAUUUUAACUGACACAUUUUUUUGUCUGGAUAUGUGCACCCCAGGUAAUUGCAAUCUACUUUAUAUGAUAAAAGGUAGCUAAUUUAUCAGUGCUCUGAUGUCAUAGUGCCAGCAUCACAAGUGUGAUUCCCUCACAAUGGGAUCAAAUUUGUAUCAUUUAAUGGUUUUUAUUUUAAGCACUGUACUUCAUAAGGAGUGAUAUAACGCGUUACUUUGUCUAAACUUGAGACUCUAAAGACUGCUCUUACACACAGUUCAACAUUAACAGUUCCCUUGGAUUGCCUUUGACUAGGAGACAGUAGACAUUUAAAGUGACCAAUCAGAAAUGAGGGUAAUUGCCGGUACAUAAAUUAAUAAAAAAUACAUUAAUGUUGCGCGCGUGGAGAAAGAGAUGGACACAUUGCGAUUGCAUGGGCAAAAUGAGUCUGCACACAUUGAGUGUGCUUUUUACACCAUACUAUUGCUCAUUAUUUCUAAUUGUUCAGCAACAAUUGGUAGAAAUGAUAUCUGAUCAACUAUUAUUACUUUGUUGUAAUAAUAGUUGAGGAUAACUUAGAAUGUGUUUUUUAAUUAUACUGUAAUUGUAAAAAAAAUUAUAUAUCGGUAAUCUUAUGCAUAUAAUUUGUAUGAAUUGGCCAUUUUUUUACUCAAGUGCCCACCUUCCAAGAGUUGGUUUUUUGUUUUUGUUUUUUUACCACCGAUUGCAAUAAACUCACUGAAACCUUGAAGGGAAAACAACAAAGGCUAAGCAAAAUGGAAGAAUAGUUUAACAUGUCACUCAUUUGCAUAUUUAUAUCCAUAAUUGUGUGAAUGCUUUGGAGCAUUCACACAUAUGGUUUUCUACACCAAAAUCCAUCUAUUUAUUAUUAUUAUUCAACAACUUAUUCUUCUCCAGAUUUUGGCGCACCCUACCUUCCACAUUUUUCAC